AUGCUCUCCGAGAUCUCCCCGUCCCAACCGAGCUCGAAGGCGGAUCCCUGCCAGAAAGUGGAGGACGAUCUCGACGAUUCGCCGCCGGUGCAGGUGUACCUGGAGCAGGCUGCGCCGCCGUCCGUGGUGGCUCCCCCGCCGUUGAUGGAGGAGGAGGACUCGGGCAUCCGGCUGGUUCACAUCUUGAUGACGUGCGCGGAGGCCGUGCAAAGAGGGGACUCGGGGAUGGCUGGCGCGCUGAUCGAGGAAAUGCGGCCGGCGCUGGCGCGGGUGGGAACCAGGUUCGGCAUCGGGAAAGUGGCCGGCUACUUCAUCGACGCCCUCAGCCGGCGGCUCUACUCGCCGCCGCACGCGCUCAGCGCCACCGCCCGGGAGAACGAGGCCCUCCACCACCGCUUCUAUGAGGCCUGCCCCUACCUCAAGUUCGCCCACUUCACCGCCAACCAGGCCAUCCUGGAGGCCUUCGACGGGCACGAUCGGGUCCACGUCGUCGACUUCAACCUCAUGCAGGGCCUCCAGUGGCCGGCGUUGAUCCAGGCCCUUGCCCUCCGCCCCGGCGGUCCCCCAGCGCUCCGCCUGACCGGCAUCGGCCCUCCCUCUCCCGACGGCCGGGACACUCUCCGGGACGUGGGCUUCCGCUUGGCGGAGCUGGCCAAGUCCGUCGCCGUCCCGUUCGCCUUCCGCGGGGUGGCGGCGAACCGCCUGGACGACGUCCAGCCGUGGAUGCUACGGGUGUCUCCGCUCGAGGCCGUCGCGGUGAACUCGGUGAUGCAGCUCCACCGACUAUUGGAGGACCCCGAAGAGGAGGUAGCAGCCAUGGCCGGCGGCGCCGCCUCCCCCAUCGAGUCUGUGCUCGGAUGGAUCCGGGGGCUGAGACCCAAGAUUGUCGCGCUAGUGGAGCACGAGGCGAGCCACAACAAGUCCGCCUUCCUGGACCGCUUCACCGAGGCGCUCUUCUACUACUCCACCAUGUUCGACUCGCUGGAAGGUGGGAGCCGGCAGGCGAUGGGGAUGAUUCCCUCUUCGGGGGAGAGGGCGGCGGCGGAGGCGUAUUUGCAGCGGGAGAUUUGCAAUAUCGUCUGCUGCGAGGGGCCGACGAGGGUCGAGCGGCACGAGCCCCUCGGCACCUGGCGGCGGCGGAUGACCAGAGCGGGCUUCAGGCCGGCGCACCUCGGUUCCAACGCCUUUAAGCAGGCGAGCAUGCUGCUCUCUCUCUUCUCCGAGGAAGGCUACUGCGUCGACGAGGUCGACGGCAGCCUCACCCUCGGGUGGCACAGCCGUCCCCUCAUCUCCGCCUCCGCGUGGGCGGUCAACGCCGACGCCGACGCCGACGUCCCCCUCCCCGGCGGAGCGGGCGACCCCCACCUGGCGGCGGCGCCGCCACCGGGCCUCCCGGUCGCACCCCUGGGGCAGACCAGGAACAACGGCCACGGCAAUUAUGAUCUACUCGCCAACGACGCCGAGAGCGGCGUCUGCGACGGCGGCGACAGUGACCACAAUAAGGGCCACCACCCGGACGGAAACGUUAACAGCAGCAGUACUGCUUGGAGCGGCGGCAGCAGCAACGCCGCCACCUGCUCCGCCGGCAGCAGCAGUAACCACCGUUCCCACCUGAGAAUUGCAUGA